GUCCUUGACCUGUUCCAGACAAUGGUUCUGCACCCCUUACUUCCAGGGGAUCAUCUGCUUCAAGGUUCUAUGUAACCUCAUUGGGCAACAGCAGUGGAACUCGCCUGUCCAAAAUGGUUUAUGGUGAAUUUUUCCGCAGACCUGGCAAAGAUGCAGAACUUAUCAAUUUGAAUGUGGGUGGCUUUAAGCAAUCAGUGGAUCAAAGCACCUUGCUCCGAUUUCCCCACACCAGACUCGGAAAACUUCUCAAAUGCCACUCAGAAGAGGCUAUUCUAGAAUUGUGUGAUGAUUAUAGUGUGGCAGACAAGGAAUAUUACUUUGACAGGAAUCCUUCCUUGUUCCGAUAUGUUCUGAAUUUUUACUAUACGGGCAAACUUCACGUUAUGGAAGAACUUUGUGUCUUUUCCUUCUGCCAGGAAAUAGAGUACUGGGGGAUAAACGAGCUGUUUAUUGAUUCCUGCUGCAGCAAUCGGUACCAGGAACGGAAAGAAGAAGGUCCUGAUAAAGACUGGGAUCAGAAGAGCAACGACAGUAUGGACUCCUCCAAUGAAGAGUCGUCCAUAUUUGAUAAAGAGCUAGAAAAGUUUGAUAACCUGUGUUUUGGUGAAAUAAGGAAGAAGAUCUGGGUCAGAAUGGAAAAUCCUGCAUACUGCUUGUCUGCCAAGUUAAUUGCCGUGUCAUCCCUGAGUGUUGUUCUGGCAUCAAUUGUGGCCAUGUGCAUUCAUAGCAUGCCAGAAUUUCAAAGGCUGGAUGCCAAUGACAGGGAGAUUGGAGACCCUGUGCUGGAAGCUGUGGAGAUUACAUGCAUCAUCUGGUUUACUGCUGAGCUAGUAAUCAGGCUCUUCACUGCUCCAAGUCAAAAGAAGUUCUGGAAGAAACCACUGAACAUCAUUGAUUUCGUCUCUAUUAUCCCAUUUUAUGCCACACUGGCUGUGGACACGAAGGAAGAAGAAAGUGAAGAUAUUGAGAACAUGGGGAAAGUGGUUCAGAUCCUGCGGUUAAUGAGGAUAUUUCGCAUCCUGAAACUGGCCAGGCACUCUGUGGGACUGCGCUCUUUGGGCGCCACUUUGAGACACAGCUAUCAAGAAGUAGGACUUCUGCUUUUGUUUUUAUCAGUUGGGAUUUCUAUUUUUUCAGUGCUUGUCUAUUCAGUGGAGAAAGAUGAUGACUCAUCAGAACUGCAGAGCAUCCCUAUUUGCUGGUGGUGGGCAACCAUCAGCAUGACCACUGUUGGUUAUGGGGACACUUACCCAGUCACACUGGCUGGAAAGCUGCUUGGCACCCUCUGCAUUAUCUGUGGGAUCCUGGUGGUAGCGCUUCCAAUCACCAUUAUUUUCAAUAAGUUUUCUAAGUACUACCAAAAGCAAAAAGCUAUUGAUAGGGACCAGUGCAACAAUGAUCGCAAAGAGAAAAGCAAUGACCUUCCCUAUUUUAACAUUAGGGAUAUUUAUGCAAAAAAGAUGCACUCCUUCAUUUCCAGCCUUUCUUCAGUAGGAAUUGUAGUCAGUGACCAAGAUUCAACAGAUGCCUCCAGUAUCCAAGAUAUGGAGGAUGUUUAUAACACGGUGUCUUUAGAGGAUGGCACAGGAAAAUGAGUUAAAUCACGUUUGCUUCUCUUUAUUUCUCUUCUGAUUCUUGGUAAAUGUGGACUGACAAACUUCAGUGAAAUCAUUAAGAGCAGUCGAUUCUCAGGGUACUUAACUCUCAGCCAUAUUUGGACAUUCUUUGCUCUGAGGAUGCCAUAAAAGCUUCAUUGUUUAUAUGAGGCUUUAAAAGAUGCCUCAUAUAGUGGUUUAGUUUUUAAACAACUAAUGUUAUGCAUUUUGGGGGACAAAAGUUGGGAAAAGAGUUUUAAAUGUGAGAUAAGUGUUUUGUUUGUUUGUUUGUUUUGUGGGUAUUGUUGUUUGAUUUGUUCAUGGUUUUUUUCCUCUGCAGCAGUCUCAUAUCUUACACAUAGUUUGCUUUUAUAAUUUCAUGCUCUUCAGGUAGAAAUGUAUUAUGAACAUGUAAGAACUAUUGCACAAGUUAGUGAAGUUUUUACCUGCAAAUACAUUAGAUAAAUGAAGGAAUUGUGUACAUGUAAAACUGUGCUCACUGACACAUUUAUGUAAUUUUAGAGUUGGGAGCCCGUUUCCUGAAUUGGGGCAGAAAGUAUAUUGGUACAUAUUGUUUUUACUCCAUGGAAGCAUAAUAUUUAUU